AUGGACACUUUGCUUACCGCCGAGAUCGCGGCCAACGCGCCCAGAUACCGUCGCAAGAGCUCAACAUUCAUCGACGGUAUCCAUGAUGUUCCAGAGGACCAGGAUAUGGCUCCGGCCCAACUGUACAGCACCAUGUCUGGCCGGCUUUUCCACUCGGGCCGUAUCGCUAUUGUGAUGGUGGGCCUUCCAGCUCGUGGAAAGACGCUGGGCGUGAAGACGCGCAUCUUCCAUCUGGGUGACUAUCGCCGCGCAACCGUCGGCAAGGGUGGUAUUGUUCCCGAGGACUACUUCUUCCCUGACGCAUCUCCUCAAUCUGUUAUUCUCAGACAGAAGAUCCUGAAGAAGUGUCGCGAAGAUAUUUACGCCUGGUUGAACCAUGAGAACGGCCAAGUUGCCAUCUACGACGCUGUGAACCCCACUGCUGCUGGUCGUCGUGCUUUGGCCAAGGAACUCGCGAAGCACGAUGUGCAGACGCUCUUCAUCGAGUCCUUCGUGGACGACGAGUCCAUUCUUCGCGAGAAUGCGCGUAACGUCAAAAUAUCUUCGCCCGAUUUUGCUGGUAUGGACCCCGAUGAGGCAGCGAAACUCUACCUCCGUCGCAUCGACAUGAAGAUACCCGUCUUCGAGACCAUGAACGAGAAGGAACUGAACUACAUCAAAAUGAUCAAUGCGGGUCGCAAAUUCUUCUACAAUAACGUCUCUUUUAACUACCUCUCCCACCGCAUCGUCUUCUACCUCACAAAUCUUCACAUAAAGUCUCGCACCACCUACUUCGUUCGGGCCGGUGUCACCAACGAGGAGGACUCCUACAAAGCUGACGCCUCCCUCUCCGAGGAAGGCAUCGCCUAUGCGGCCCGCAUGUCUGAGAUCCUCCUCAAGCACCGCGAGCAGGAACACGCCGCCCUCGUUGAGAAGGGUGGACCCUCCGUGCCCCUACGACCUCUCUCUGUCUGGACUUCCACACGCCGUCGCACCGUACAGACGGCCGACUAUCUCAAGAACAAGGGUUUCAAAGUCCGCCAGCGCUCGCAAAUGAGUCAGAUCAACCCUGGCGUGUGCGAGAAGAUGUCGGAGCGCGCGAUCCGCCACAUCUACCCCGAAGAAGUUGAGAAGCACGAGUUGGACCCUUACCACCACAGAUACCCCCGCGCAGAGUCGUACCACGACCUCGCCGUCCGCCUCGAGCCCAUCAUUCUCGAACUUGAGCGCGAGCAGUCCGACCUCCUUAUCAUCGCCCACGAAUCCGUCCUGCGCGUGCUCUACGCCUACCUCAUGCAUUGCGCCACAAUGGACAUUCCCACGCUUAAGUUCCCCCGUGAUGAAAUCAUUGAAAUCAUCCCCGCUGCCUACCAGAACGAAGCCAAGCGCAUCCACAUCCCCGGCAUCGACCCCAAGAUCACCCCUGCCUCGCCCGAGGACAUCCGCAUCCCCGUCCCCGGCAGCCUUCCCGCCAGCGGCAACAUGUCGCCCGUACCGGGCCUCUCGUCCCCCCCCACCGAGGUUGUCGAGCGCCCCCCUGAGAAGGUCAUCAACACGGCGGCGGAGAUGGUUGCUGAUCGGCAGAAUGACGAGGACUAG